AUGGCAUUGGAAAGGACAACUGCAAGCAGCCAUAACUUUACUAUUAAGGUGGUUCAUUACGAUGCCGCCCAUAAUAACGGACGGAAGAAACAGCAAAGCAAAGCUUAUUUCAAGGGCGUCACCAGCAGGUGGAGCUUUCCAGCACUGGGACAAAAGUGCAAACAAGACGACGACAAGCAACCGCAAAGUAGGAAAUCGAAAGGAGAACGGAAAGUACUGAAGAGGUUUUUACCCGGCGGAUCAUCGAGGGAAGAUGAUCGGGACACGGGAAGCAAGGUACCAAAGCAGGGUCAGACUGAAAGCAAUGUCCCAAUGGAAUGCAGUCCAGCCGCAGCGGAAGUGGAGCAAAAUCCAGAGUUCACAAUCUCUGACCUCCUGGCAGAGGGGGGCGAAUAUCGACUGUACCAACUGACAAAGUUCUAUCGAGACAGACUCAAACAAGCAAUUGAAGAAAAGGUUGAAAGACUCGGUUGGAUGUUGACAAAGGAGGGACAUUUCAGUAGAGAAGAGAAUGAGAAAGUCACUGAACUGACAGAGAAGGGAAACCGGACAGAGAGUUCCAUACUCUUCCUCAGUUUGGUGAUGGGCAAAGGAUCCCGGGUCCGGAGGGCGAUGUGGGAAUGCUUUGUGACAUGGAGGACUGAGUUACCGAAGCUGGACAGAAUACUGAGGGAAAUACAGGAACUCGGUCCUGAUCCACAGGAAUACAUGAACAUCGCCCAGGGGUUAUCUGAGUUACCCACUCAACUGAUAGAUGUUCAACAGAAACACAAGGAGACUCUGCGGGAACAAACUGAAACACUGAGAGUGAACACGAUCCUGAUGAGGGAGAAGGUGAAGGUUUUCCAGCUGGUUGAUCGAUACGCUGAGCUCACGGUCAUUUCUACUGUUCGAGAUCGGACACUGUUGGAACAUGAGCUGCUGGCAAGAGGCAGAGAACACGAGGAGUGGAGAGAGAACCAUCUCCGUGGAAAGCUGGAAAAAAUCCGGGCUGAUCAGUUGAUCCAGAGCAGCUUUUCCCGGAGUAUAUCCAAAUCUAGGAGUUCGGCAGCAGUGGCCGGAGUCGCGGGGAUCGGCAAAACAACAAUGCUCCAUUAA